AUGGCUGUGCCAAGCUCCUUGGAUGAUGAUGAUGAUGGUGAUGGUCAUGGUGAUGAUAAAGAUGGUGAUGAUGAUGAAGAUGGUGAUGAUGAAGACGAUGGUGAUGAUGAUGAAGAUGGUGAUGAUGAUGAUGAAGAUGGUGAUGAUGAUGAAGAUGGUGAUGAUGAUGAAGAUGGUGAUGAUGAUGAUGAAGAUGGUGAUGAUGAUGAAGAUGGUGAUGAUGAUGAAGAUGGUGAUGAUGAUGAUGAAGAUGGUGAUGAUGAUGAUGAAGAUGGUGAUGAUGAUGAUGAAGAUGGUGAUGAUGAUGAUGAAGAUGGUGAUGAUGAUGAUGAAGAUGGUGAUGAUGAUGAUGAAGAUGGUGAUGAUGAUGAUGAAGAUGGUGAUGAUGAUGAUGAAGAUGGUGAUGAUGAUGAUGAAGAUGAUGAUGAUGAAGAUGAUGAAGAAGAUGGUGAUGAUGAAGAUGGUGAUGAUGAAGAUGGUGAUGAUGAAGAUGGUGAUGAUGAAGAUGGUGAUGAUGAAGAUGGUGAUGAUGAAGAUGGUGAUGAUGAAGAUGGUGAUGAUGAAGAUGGUGAUGAUGAAGAUGGUGAUGUCUGCUUUGAUAAACUGAAGAAAUGA